CCGCUCCGUGCCCACGUCUCCUGUGACGCGGCAGCGCCCGCCCGCCCGGGCCGGGGGGAGCGCGGAGAGGCGGAGCGGGGCCGCCCGUCCCUGCCCGUCCCUGCCCGCCCGGCCCCGCACCUGCCCGGGCGCGCAGCGGGGACCGCGCGGGGCCGCGCCGGGCGGGGAUGCGCAGCCCGCGGCGCCAGGAUGCGGGAGGGGAGCGCGGGCGGCCGCGGCGCGGAGAACCGGACGGGCGCCGAGCCCCCGCUGCACCUGUUCCCCGUGCCCGUGCUCACCGGCAUCACCGUAGCCUGCGUCCUGCUCUUCGUCAUCGGGAUCAUCGGCAACCUCAUGACCAUGCUGGUGGUGUCGCGGUUCCGGGACAUGAGGACCACCACCAACUUCUACCUGUCCAGCAUGGCCUUCUCCGACCUGCUCAUCUUCCUCUGCAUGCCCCUGGACCUCUUCCGCCUCUGGCAGUACCGGCCCUGGAACUUCGGGGACCUCCUCUGCAAGCUCUUCCAGUUCAUCAGUGAGAGCUGCACCUACUCCACCAUCCUCAACAUCACGGCGCUCAGCGUGGAGCGGUACGUCGCCAUCUGCUUCCCGCUGCGAGCUAAAGUCAUCAUCACCAAGGGGAAGGUCAAGCUGGUCAUCCUCUUCCUCUGGGCCAUCUCCUUCAUCAGUGCCGGCCCCAUCUUCAUCCUGGUGGGAGUCGAACACGAGAACGGCACGAACCCCCUGAGCACCAACGAGUGCCGAGCCACAGAGUACGCCAUCCGCUCGGGGCUGCUCACCAUCAUGGUCUGGACCUCCAGCAUCUUCUUCUUCCUGCCCGUGUUUUGCCUGACCGUGCUGUACAGCCUCAUCGGGAGGAAGCUCUGGAGGAGGAAGAGAAAGAACAUCGGUCCAAACACUACCAUCAGGGAUAAGAACAACAAGCAAACUGUGAAAAUGUUAGUUGUGGUGGUAUUUGCGUUCAUACUCUGCUGGUUGCCUUUUCACGUAGGACGGUACUUAUUUUCCAAAUCCUUCGAAGCCGGAUCCCUGGAGAUAGCAGUGAUCAGCCAGUACUGCAACCUGGUGUCCUUUGUCCUCUUCUACCUUAGCGCAGCCAUCAACCCCAUCCUCUACAACAUCAUGUCCAGGAAGUACCGCGCGGCCGCCUGCCGCCUGCUGGGACUCAGGGCCCUGCCCAAGAAGAGCCUCUCCAGCAGCAAGCAGGGGAGCUCCCGGGGCUGGACAGAGCCCAGUGUCACCACAUGACAGCGGGCAUCGCCCGCCGAGGCUCCCAGAAAGCCGAAAAGGGAGGGGAAGGUGGCGCGGAGCGGGAACCCCAGCGCUGGACGCGGUGCUUCGGCC